AUGAAUCGACAAAAAGGCACCAAAAACAAGACGAAAUAUUUAACCACGUCGUUCGAGUGGCCGGAAGAGGACUGCAUUCAAAAAGUUACAAAAUACGGCAAUCUGUUAAAUCAUACCCAAGCCGAAAAAGACCGAUGGUUUACGGAGAAACAUCCCACAAUUCAUCCGAUAUCUACUGAUCGGAUAGCAGCCGGUUCAAUUGAUCAUGCCGUAUGUUCGAUUUGCUUUAACAUCUUACUUGAUCCCGUUGCCUGUACAACAUGCGAAAACCCAUUCUGUAAACGAUGUAUUCAAGAAUGGUUAAUUAAAAACCCUUCUUGUCCAUAUGCAUGUGUGCGAUUUCAAGAACGACGUUGUCCACCGGUAAUUGUUACUAUGUUAUCCAAAUUAAAAAUAAAAUGUUAUUAUCAACAAAAUGGUUGUCCUGAUAUACUAAAUUAUGAGGCAUUAAAACAACAUGAAAUAAAUUGUGAUUAUGAAAUAAAAAAAUGUCGAGGCUGUAAUACAAAUUUUAUUAAAAGAGAUAUUAUAGAACAUGAAAAUAUAUGUGGUUUUAUUAAAAUACGAUGUCAACAAUGUGGAGUAACGUAUGAACGACAUACUGAACAUGGGAAGUUAGAUUGUUUAUUAAAUCGACAGAUACAAUUGGAAGAAAAGGUAGAACAAUUACAACAGGAGAAUAAAUUAUUAAGAGAGAAAAAUGAAUUCAUUUUACAGAAAUUAAAAGAUAGAUUUGGAAUACAACCACCGAAAUAA